AUGAUGUUCCCCAGCCUCAUCGCCCCUCCAGCCGUCUACCCCAGCCUCCUCCGGCCGACCCCCACCCUCACCUUGCCUCAGUCGCUGCAGUCGGCUUUUUCCAGCCAUUCCAGCUUCCUGGUGGAAGAUUUGAUCCGGAUCAGCAGGCCCACCAGCUACCUGCCCAGGACUGCCCCCCCGCCCAGCAUGUCCCCCCCGACCUCGGCGGCCAGGACGGACUCGGGGACGCCGGAGCUCCCCAGCUCCACCACCGCCGGCUCCAGGAGGAUCUGUUCGCCACAGACUUCCAGCAGCGACUCCACUUUCCUGAAGUUUGGAGUCAACGCCAUCCUGUCCUCCACGCCCCGAGCCGAAACCUCCCCUGCGUUGCUUCAGAGCGUCCCGCCAAAGACUUUCUCCUUCCCGUACUUUGAAGGAUCCUUCCAGCCCUUUCUCAGAUCUUCCUAUUUCCCAGCUGCCUCCGCCGUGGUGCCCAUCCCUGGCACCUUCUCCUGGCCGCUGGCUGCCCGCGGCAAGCCCCGCCGGGGGAUGCUGCGCCGCGCCGUCUUCUCGGACGUGCAGCGCAAGGCGCUGGAGAAGAUGUUCCAGAAGCAGAAGUACAUCAGCAAACCCGACAGAAAGAAGCUGGCGGCCAAGCUGGGCCUCAAGGACUCACAGGUGAAGAUCUGGUUCCAGAACAGGAGGAUGAAGUGGAGGAACUCCAAGGAAAGAGAGCUCCUCUCCUCUGGUGGCUGCAGAGAACAGACCCUACCCACCAAGUUCAACCCUCACCCAGACCUCAGUGAUGUAGGCAAGAAAUGUUCAGGAGAGGAGGAGGAGGAGGAGGAGGAGGAAGUUCCCCCUGUGUGCCCGUCCAGCCCCCAGCAUCCCCUAACCUACCACCAGUCCCCAGAACAUCUACACCUGAGGGACAGACUGGACUCCCAGAUGUCUCCUUCUCCAUCCCAUUCUAGCAGCCCCAGCAAACCUUCAGACUUCUCAGACUCAGAGGAAGAGGAUGAUGAAGGGGAAGAAGAAGAGGAGGAGAUAACAGUAUCUUAG